AUGCCGGUGGCGCCGCUUCAUCCAGAGCUUCAGCGCGUGCUGAAAGAGAACCGCAGGGCCCGGACUUUCGACCCGGUGGCAUGGAUUGAGAUGAAGUGCGCGAAGCUGAACGACUACAUGCACCGGUCCGGUCUGAAGGCCUGCGUGACGAGUGUCUCUGGCGGGAUUGACUCGGCUGUCGUGCUCGCCAUGUGUGCGCGCGCAAUGCGAGCGCACAACAGCCCCAUUCAGAAAAACGUGGGACUGUGCCAGCCCAUCCACAGUAGUGACUGGGCACUGAGGAGGGGAAAGGAGAACAUCGCUGCCUGCGGCGCGACGGAGGUCGUUGUUGACCAAACCGCCCUCCACACCGAACUCGCCACGCUUGUAGAGAAGGCUGUCGGCAUCGACGGCGGCGCCUUUGCGCGUGGGCAGCUGCGCAGCUACAUGCGCACCCCACCGAGCUUUUACGUGGCGCAGCUGCUCACCCAAGAAGGUACGCCGGCGAUCGUCAUGGGCACCGGCAACAAGGACGAAGACUUUUACCUGGGCUACUUCUGCAAGGCUGGCGACGGUGUCGUGGAUGUGCAGAUCAUCUCCGACCUACACAAGAGCGAGGUGUUUCUGGUCGCCGAGGUGCUUGGGGUGCCGGAGAACACGCGCAAUGCCGCCCCUUCCGCCGACCUCUGGGAAGCACAGACGGACGAGGAUGAGCUGGGCUUCCCGUACGACUUUGUGGAGCUUUUCACGGAGUGGUACUUGAAACAGCGCGAGACGACCAAGUUCGAAUUCCUGAAUAGCCUAUCUGAUGAGGCCCGAGACCAGUUUGAGCGGUACGUGGCCGCCUGCGAGCUCGUGCACCGCCGCAACGCGCACAAGCUGCAAGGCCAAGUGAACCUCUGA